GUACGCACGCGGUCGUGAAUCUUCAUAGCCUAUUCAUUUUGACACUGUUAGGGCUAUAUGAAAAAAAUCUCCCGAGUGAGCACGUGCAUAAAAUCUGAAAUGAUCUCUCGAUCGGGACUUUUAUCUGACAUCUCACCAACAUAAUUCUCACUAAUAAACUACCAAAAAUAUUGAUGAUGAUGAAACUAAUGACGAUUUCAUAUUGACAAGGUGAUACAAGCGACUAUUUUAUUAGUUUUGUUGAGGUUUAUUGGUCAAAAUAAAUGAAGCUAAUUGGUCGUCAAAUGAUUAUUGUUGGUAAAUAGCUGAUCGACCAAUGUAAUAAUAUGGCCAUUAGCACACAUUAUGAAUCUAUUGAAUUAAAAGGAAGUAAAUUUUAAUUGAAUUAAAAGGGAAGUAAAAAGACAAAAACAACAUAUAUAUAAUAAUAUACAUAAAUAAAAAAUGAAGUUUAAAAACAUGUCGACAAACGUUUUCAGGAAUAAAAGAUAUCACAAAUUCACAAUAACUGCAGAAUCCUGCAUGCAUGUGUGCUAAGUGCUUCGAUAAUAUUCUGAUAUGACUUGAUAAAAUCAUUUCGUUUGACAUUUCAUAAAUGAAAUAACUUCAAUGCAUUUAAAACGAAUCUGAAUAAUGUUUAAUAUUUCACACAUGUUAUAUACCACUCCCUAGUUUUUUUAUCAUGGAGAUGUAUGUUUUUUAUACACCACUCUACAACCGAACAAAGGGUAAAACCGUUGGGUAUCCCCGCCACCUAUUUGCAUACGUAAUUGAACAGCGCUUGCGCACUACACAGCUCAUGGACACGCUGGUCUUGAUUGGUGAACGCCAGAGCGCUUACGGUCCUAAUUUACAUACGCACCCGGUGCUUUCGGACCCAGCGUUUGAUAUAAAUACUCGUCGCAUUCAGUUGAUCGGUAGUAUUCGUCAGAAUCUUAUUCAUCAUGCCUGCGAAAGCACAGACCGCUGGAAAGAAGGGAUCGAAGAAGGCUAAGGCCCCCAGGCCUAGCGGAGACAAGAAGAGGAGAAGGCGCCGAAAGGAAAGCUACGGAAUCUACAUCUACAAGGUUCUGAAGCAGGUUCACCCCGACACUGGUAUCUCAAGCCGUGCCAUGUCCAUCAUGAACAGCUUCGUCAACGAUGUCUUCGAGCGCAUCGCCGGUGAGGCAUCCCGUCUUGCCCACUACAACAAGAGGUCCACCAUCAGCAGCCGUGAGGUCCAGACCGCUGUCCGUCUCCUCCUCCCCGGUGAAUUGGCCAAACACGCCGUCUCUGAGGGCACAAAGGCCGUCACCAAGUACACCACCUCCAAGUAAAUUUGGUUUGCGCCUCAUUUACCAAACGGCUCUUCUCAGAGCCACCAAAUCUUCAAGAAAGAAUCAUUUUGAUUAAUCUCUAGCUUAACAUUUUUUUAAAUCUCGCUUACAGAAACUUAGAAAUAGUUGAAAUAAAUCUCAUGACAAAGCGAGACCAUUUGCAAUAAAGCUUCAUAGUUCAUUUGACAACUCUUUUUUACUCGGUUCCGUAUUUUGUCACUCAGUAAAAUUCGGAACAAUGGUUGAGAAGUCUGGGAAAUUGUGUAUUUCAAAUUUCGAACCUAAUCGUGGGAA